AUGAUGAGACUCGGCCUGGAGAGGGCACAGCAUCUGUUGGCGCACACCGCCAUGCCAUGGAAUCCAAUUCACGUGGCUGGCACAAAUGGAAAAGGCUCCGUCUGCGCGUACAUAUCCGAGAUGCUCAACAUCUACAAUCGCUCCGAGUACCGAAAGAAGACCGGGCAGACGAUCAUCAAGCAUGGAAGAUUCACAAGCCCACACCUGAUUGACCGAUGGGAUUGCGUCUCCCUGAGUAACCCGGAACGGGAUCAUUGCGAGAUGCGGACUGUAAGCCAAACAAUGUUUGAAGAACUAGAUAAGAAGGUGCUGCUCCGAGAUCGCUCCCAAAGAAUCAAUGCCACUGAAUUUGAGCUCCUGACCGCCACAGCUUUCAGCUGCUUUUCCCGAGCUGGGCUGGACAUUGCAGUGGUCGAGACUGGUAUGGGUGGUCGACUGGACGCUACCAAUAUCAUCGGCCGGCGAAAGAAAGCAACAUCCGAACUUCGCUUACGCCGAAUGCCACUCGUCACGACCAUUACCAAGAUCGGAAUGGAUCACCAAGCUUUCUUAGGAGACACCAUUUCAGCAAUCGCUCGCGAGAAAGCGGGAAUCUUGAAGGCCCAGGUACCGGUGGUUUACGAUGCCUCGAAUCCCGAUGAGGCUAUCAGAGUCAUCAUCAAAACAGCCCAAAGAGCCCGCUGCAAGCACAUCAUUCCAGCUGGAGACCGAGUGAUGGUAAAACAUCACAGACGGCAAAAUACCGCCAUAGCAUUCGAGUCGACAUACAGAGCGCUGGUAGGGCUUGGGCGCAUACCAGAGUUGCUAGAGGAGCAUAUCGAAGAGCAUGACGAGCUCGUGGAGCGAAUGAAAGAAGUGUACCAGCAUGUCCGCUUCCCGGGACGGCUGGAAUAUGUCGACAUUGGACCCCUGGUGGGAGGAAAGCAUGAGGUGCUCCUAGACGGCGCACACAACGCCCAAUCCGCAGAAGUCCUCGCCGGAGAGGUCGACGGUCUAGUGCGAGUGGUACACUCGGCGAGAUCCAAAAACAUCACCUGGGUUCUAGCUGCAUCAGACGGCAAAGACAUCGCCUCAAUCCUGAGCAUCAUCAUCCGACCCGGGGAUAGCGUCUUCGCCGUAGAAUUCGGCCCCGUCGCCGGCAUGCCCUGGGUCCAACCCAUGAAAGCCUCCACGAUCCUGUCCCACCUCCAAACCAGCGAAUCCCCCCCCUCUCCAGGUCAGAUACAAGAAGACUGCGGCGACUCCCUCACGGCCGGAAUUCAAAAAGCCGCGGCGCAUAGCCGCGAAACAGGCAACGGCAUGGUCAUGGCAGGAAGCCUCUACCUCGUCGGCGACGUCCAUCGCCUCCUCAGGAACGCAAAGGAAUAA